AUGGCGCCGCUCAUCCCACGGAUGCAUCUCUUUGAGAUUGACGACCAAUCUUGGUUCCACCCCUGGUUCCGCGCCCGCGUCCAGGCCGCCCUGACAAUCGCCUGGAUCACCUGCCUGCCCCUGGUCCAGUCCACCUCCCCGGCCCGCGCCGUCGCCUCCCUGCUGGCAGAGCACGUCCUCGGCACCAAGGACGGCCGGAGGCAGCCCUGGGUCAUGAUCGACUUCUGCGCCGGCGCCGGCGGGCCCACGCCCACCAUCGAGCAGCACGUCAACGGCAGCGACGGCGCCGGCAAAGGCAGGAGGGCCGCAGGCGACGACCAGGAGCACGAGCCCGUCAAGUUCGUCCUGACGGACCUGCACCCGCACAUCGACAACUGGCGCGAGGCCGCCGCGCGCAGCCCCAACGUCAGCUACGAGCCCAGCUCCGUCGACGCCAGCCAUGCUGAUCCGGCGCUGCUGGCGCGGCAUGCCGGAGGCGGCGGCGACGGUGGGGAGAAGCAGAAGAAGAAGGUGUUUCGCCUGUUCAACCUCGCCUUCCACCACUUUGACGACGACCUCGCGCGCGCCAUCCUCAAGGACACCGUCGAGACGAGCGACGGCUUCGGGAUCUUCGAGCUCCAGUCCCGCGACGCGGCCGGCUUCUUCUCCCCGGCCAUCUUCGGCCUCGGCAUCCUCGCCCUGGCGCCCUUCUACGCCUUCAAGUGGCGCUCCCCGGCCACCCUCUUCUGGGCCUGGCUCGUGCCCGUCCUGCCCUUCGUGCUCGUCUGGGACGGCUGGAUCUCGAGCCUGCGCACGCGCACCCCGCGCGAGGUCGAGGUGCUGCUGCGCACGUGCGGCGCCGAGGGCGGCACCGACCGCUGGGAGGUGCGCAGCGGGAGCGUCGAGCACCUCUGGCCCUGCGGCUUCGUCAACUGGGUCAUCUGUCUCAAGAAGGAUGCGUAA